ACAAGAUGGCUUCCAUCGUUCUCUUUCUCGUCGUUGAUAACUUUUUACGAAAAAAGAUUUUGCUCGGUCGGAACAUAGCUGAACAUUGCGGAUAAAACAGUAUAAGAACUAUCAAAUUUACGGUAUCGAGUUGUGCGAUAUAGAACUUUUCAUCUGCCAUCAGUGAUCUAUUCCUAAUGUUCAAUUGAUUGUAAUUGUGGCUAAAUAUUGUUUUAGCAUAUGUGAAUGUGCGUGCAAGCGUCUAAGCCAAUGUGCAUUUCCUUGUGAAAAGAGAACUAAAACAAAAAUAACAACAUCGCAUAACAACAAACAUAUUAUAAAUAAACUGUUACUAUGAAUUACUAAAUAAUAGUAAGUUAAUAUAGUUGAAGUGAUCAGCUGUGACUCGAAACCAAACAACCAGAAUGAAACAACUAUCAGCGGAAACUCGGGAGCAGAAACUCCCAAAUAUGAACCAUGAGGAGGAUACACAUAGUGUGGUCAGUCAAAUUUGCAGAUCAUCCACAGCAUUACAAGUUGAUACGCCAAAAUUGGUUGAAACUGAAGAGUCGAAAAUAUUGCAUCAGAUCGAUAUAACUCGCAACCCUCAUUCCAGCUCUAGUAGACGAACGUCCUUGCGCAGAGUAGCAUCUUUACGAGACGAUGCGUCUUCAUCAUCGUCUUCAGUGAUCAACGAUUCAAAUGAGUACACCUCACAGCAUAGCAAGAAGCAAUUCAACAACGAUAUACCAACGAAGCUGCAUUUAACAAAAGAUUUGCUGACACCGGAGACAAGAUUAGUUUGCAGUUUGCCCCUGGAACGUUUGCAUUCCAUACUAGAAUCAUUAAACUUAACUAAACAAUCUAAUGAAAGCGUAGUAAACUCUGGGGAGUUAGAGAUGUCUUUGUAUAAUACAAAUAAUGCCAUCUGUGAGGUAUUAUGCCUGUACUGUGAUCGAACGUUUAACAAUCGGCAACUGAUGCUUAAGCACUCCGAUCGUACGCAUCGAUUAUUGAAGAAACGUCGCAGUAGUACACGUAUCAUUACCGCAGCCUCGAGCACAGACGUAUCUUUCUGCUGCAGUAUUUGCAACAAGGGAAUGGUGUUUAGCCCAGCGUCACAAGAUUUGACGCGAUUAUUCAAGCACAUGAUAAAAUUUCAUGCUGAUCAAUACCAUGCUUGUGAGCAUUGUUUCAUGCGCUUUCCCAAUGAGGAGUCCCGGAAAGCACACCUCCGUUUGAUGCACACACCUGUGCCCGCAACUACACCAAAAUCAAAGGCGGCGCUUAAAGCUUUUAGCUCUGGAAUACCCUGUUACUCCUCUACGAAUAUAGUUAAAUUAGACAGCAUAGUGCUGCAAGAAAAUCAAACCCAAACGGAGGAUGUUACGACCAAAAACGACGAUGGAGAUGAAGAGCAUUUACACAGAACAACGACUACAUGUUCAGAGGAUAAAUUUCGAUCGAACAUACGUCUACGCUCUUCUCAUCGUAAUUGCAACAGGACAGAGCCCUUGAACUAUCCAGUAAACGCCAGUGAAUCGAAAUCAAAAUGUUUAAAAAAGUCGGAACGUCUUGUUAUGCGCAAUACAGAGCCGAUGCUACUCUCCAGAUUGGGUAUAGCGCAGCACCGCCUGCCUCGACAAAGUCGCCGUUUGUUAGAAGCUGCUACACCCUCUUCUUUAAUUCUAUCGGAUAUAUCUGUAUCUACCAUUGUUCGCUGUAACAAAAAGAAAGUUCAAACGAGUAUUGCGGAUGAGUUUGUGGCAGAUAACUGUAAUGAAAAAGUAACGAAAUCAAAACGGUUUGCGACCAGUAUCUCGCCAAUAUGUUCUAGUGCAAUAUCACGUUCAGCAAUUGAUAUGACUGGUUGUCGGAGUAAAGCACAUGAACACUCUUCUUUCAGUUAUAUGGUAACAUCAUAUACCAGCAAUAAUAACAUUCACCAUAGAAGAUCUAGUGGAUCGGCUUUUUGUAGUACUAAUGGUAUUUGGAAUAGUAGUAGUAUUAUUAUUGGUGGAUCUGCUGAACACGUAACUGGUAAUAAUUCCAACAACAGCACGAGCAACAGCAAUGCAUUGUUUGAUGAAGAUUUCUACGAGAAUGUCACAAACAACGUACACCAAAAUUUAAACUGUUACCUGGAUGGCAAACUUCAUACUUCAAUGCCUAAUACACCGAGCCCAAUGAGCCCAGUUGUUCUCAUGCCGGCUGUGCGAUCAACCGUAGUCAAAAGUCCUUUUUCGACUGAAAGCAUGAUACAUGAGGCAACGAAUCUGCCAACAGUGACUGUUUCAUUUCCAACGUUGCUGACAGCCGAACAAUGUGGCAGAGAUUCGAUGUCUAACUCGUCAGUUGUGUCAAAGACUAGGAAACCAAUUACAAAACAAUCCUGGAAGUGGAAAUGGGACUUUGUCAAGAAGUAUAAGUACGUGAAUGAGAACGGACGUAUUGUGAAAAAAAUCAAACAACCAAUGCUGGGGCUACGCGAUCUUACCAAGCUGGACAUGUGGACACAGUUGUCGAUGAGAUCAAAACACGAAUGUUCGUCCAAUCACGCUGAAACCCUUCAGAAUUCCCGCGAUCGGCCAAUAUUAGAAGUUGGUGCCGUAUUAAGACAGGAAAAACGAAUUAUGGUGGAACAACUAGAUAAAAUCUUGAAUGCUCGAUUAUUUCCGCCUAUCGAUCUAGAGCAACAAGAUCAACGAAAGGUGAAGCUGGAAUCUAAUAUUGUCGAAAACAACCCUGCCUUUGAUAUUUAUCAAUGCUCCGCAACCGUUGAGAGUAGCGAUUCUCCUUCCUCUGUGUUGCAUCAAGAAAAAGAAUUUCUUCACAAACUACAGUUGGUACAGCUGAUCAAAAAUCCUUAUCAGGAAUCGAUUGUUCUUAGUGGCGAAUGGGCACGACCGCGCUGCUACGUUUGUUAUGGUUGCGGUAGAAAGUUUGCUUCGUUAAAACAAAUGGAAGAGCAUCAUAUCGCUCGACACCCACAUGUAUACUCAACUUUCUAUGAGAUUGUUGGUAGAGAGCUCAUAGAAAAUCAUUUGUAUCAUCAUUUCUUUAUACCGUUGACAGCACUUACAAUGCAGCGUUUAUACUGCGAAAAUUAUCUUCAUGGAGAUACGACCAAUGACCAUACAAGCAUAAAUUGGGCAAACAGUCAUCGAAUGUCAAUUAUUGGCAAUCAUGAAAUCAAAAAUGAAGAUUCAUCGUCGAACGAAGCUACCUCGUUUUCUACACUAACCACCGCUUCGUCGUCUACUUCGUCAUCAUAUUCUAAUUCGUUCAACAGCUCUGGUGUGAUGCUUUCAUCGUUUGUUGGGGAAAACUGCAAAAGUAGCAUUCUAACACUGAAUACUGAUGUCAGGUCAGGUGCAAUCGUGCAAGAUAGCAAUCCAUUAGUAUGCAGCAAAUGUUUUAAGGAAUGUUCAAAUUUGCUUAUGCUAUACGCACACAUUUUACAUUGCUCGAAUGAUUAUUACUGGCUACAAGCAAAGAAGCGCAUGAAAUAUAGGCGCACAAAACGUCGCAGAGGCGGAGGAUAUCGCACCAUUAAUAAUUUCGCGAUGGCUUUAGUUGGUUCCGAGAAAAACAUGCCAAAGGCGCAUAAAUUUAUGGUACAAACGAUGCCAGCAGAAUCUGCAAGCCUUUUACUUCCUUCAGACACGCCCAAAACAAUUCUUCAAGUCAGUAGUAACAUCAGCAUAAACGAGAUUGCAUCCACAAAUGAGGACCCUAAGAAUAGCAAGUCAUCAAAGCUUAAAGAAAGUGAUGGGGAUAUUGUCAAUCGUUUGUUGGCCGAUUUUCCAGAAAAACGCAUUUCUCGUCAAAUGUUGCAAAUUAAAUUAAAUGAAAAACAUACGAGCAACCGAUCUAAUGGUUCUUCGUUUUUGAACACUGAUAUAGUAAAAUUAUGUAAAAACACUAGUAACCAUAUUGCGCAAAGCCAUAGUGUAACCAACCGUGCAACGCGUCGCAUAGCAACAGAAAAUUCCGUAAAUACGAAUGCAAGAAAACUAAAUCAAAGCUUACUCAAUAUGGGAAAACUAUCGUUAAUGAAAAAAAAUGUACGCCAAACAGCCAAUGGAGGCCUAACAUGUUCACCAACAACUUACACAACAAAGUCAACAGCGUUUAAGUCAAGAGAAGCAUCACAAGCCACCAUAUCGAAAAAAUCUACUACGUCCUUUUUUGAGGUGAAAAAAACAUUCAGAAAACCUCGGAUCACAGGAAAGGAUUCAACGCCAGCGUUAUCCCGUGCCGUUAUUCUCAAGGUUGCAGGAAAGAAAAAACAAGUAUCUAAAAACAACCUCUUUUCAAAGGGAACAGUUGUAAUCAAGAAUGUUGCUAAACUUAGAAAAAACACAAUCCAGCUGCGAAACCUGUCAAAAGUUCGCCAUACAGCUAAAGCUGAAUGUAACGAUAAGAAGAUCUAUACUGUUGCUAAAAGAAACGUAGUCGAUGAUGGACCUGUCGAGUCUACAGAAAGUUCUAUUCUCACACAAGAAUUCUUGCAAAAUGAUCAACUUGAAUUCAUAGAACAUACUUCAAAUGGGAAUGAACAAAAUAUAAAUCAUUUAUUUAGCAAAAAUGCAGAAACAACAACACGUAUCAGUAAGGUCGACAAAAAUGAAAUUUAUUCUAAUACAGUAGACGACACAACACAGACUGUUAUUGAUCCACUUGAUUUAAACUACAAGAAGCAAUGUGGCGUGAUAAGUUGCGAAACAUUAUCACAGGACGAUAAUGAGCAGCCGUUGGCUUCUUCAGAAUCAGACAUUCUACAAACUAAGUCUAUCGAGCCAUCUCAAGCAUUUCGAAUGCCUCUUCAGAUAUGUUCUCAGAGUGAGGCUAAAAGUGAGAAGGUAAGGCAAUCCCCUUCUGUGCAUAUAAAGAAUAGCUCACCACCUGUUCUUGAUAUAUUAAAACAACCGUUUGGAAUGACAGAAUCACAUGUCAACUAUAAAUCUUCAGUAUCUUUAGCAGUCGAUAGUCAACCGAUGGCGCACAAACGAAGACCAAAAAAACUGAAUGAUUGCAUUGCUAUGCUUACGGGAAAGCUUUCUGAACGGUUUGGAGUUGAUUUUUUUAGUCAAUCGGAUCGUAACAUUUCGCUUAAUUCGAAUUCAUCAGUACCCGUUCGGUUAUCACCAACACUGAAAUGCUCAUCGGAGGAAUGUGAAAUGUUGAAUAUUCCAGAAAAACAAAAUUCUCACAAAAAUCAUUCCAAAACAUUAAUAGUUCCCCAAACAAACAUAAAUACAUUUCCACAAGAUGCGAAGCUAGGAGAAUCAAAUACUGAGGAUGUACUUCUAAAUAAUGAGCUAACCAACUUGCUCAAAACGCCUGAAAAACCAAUGUCAACAUUAGUAAAACAAUCAGUCAAUACUUCUGCAGGAGAUUCGGGGACAUUUAGUAAAUGUAUUAUCAAAGAGCUGAAAGUUGCAAGCCAUGAAAAAUCCACGUCAACGAUUACAAGCCCAAUAGAUGAGGGUUAUACGCUGCAGUUGGAACGGCUGAAUGGAGCACAGGAAUCUGAGGUGUCAGACGAACCGUUAAAUCUUUGCAAAAAUAAUUCUCUAUGUUCAAAGAGUGUUUUUCAUGCAUCAAAUUAUUCUCACUGUAUAUUCCCUAUCGUUGAGCAAAAGUUUCAACAAACUUCAUUAGCUUUUAACGGAGUACUUGCGACAAUGGCUCAUUCUAUACCUCCACACCAAAAGCAGAAGCUAACAAUGUCGCAUGACACGAGAUAUGAGCAUCAAAUCAACCACGGGACGAUCACUCAACAACGAGAUGAUAGGGCAAGUGCAAUACUUAUACCUGGCGUACCAGCGCCUAAUUCGCUUUCUGUCAAGCCGAAUGAUGGAAGCGGAAAUUUAGCAUCGAUUAAGCUCCCUCCUGGUCUGAUAAUCGAAAGAGUAGAGUGUAAGCAAUCGAGACCAAUCGUUACAAAAGAAAUACCCUCUGUGACAAUUGUAGCGCGCAAUCGCAGCCCGUUGCGAACGGUGGACAAGCGGAAUUUGAAGACUCCUUCAUGCUCUAUAAAUUGUAAUUCCUCUUUUAAAAGUCAACAGCAAACGCAUCAGCAACCUCAUACAACAAAUGUUCUUCCUGUUUUGAUGGACAAGCAUACAGGGGGAAGUACGGGAACAUCAUUGAAGGCAAAUGAAAAUGUCCUGGUUACCCAUCAGUACAAGUUAAAGCAGAAAAAACAGGAAUUUCAUGCACAUCAGCAACUGCUCAAUCUAAAAGACAACGAUUUGUCGAGCGAUAUUCGAAAUGUUGGAGAAAGGGUGUGUCAUGAGAGAGGCUCUUCGAUUGAAAACAAUAUUUCCGUGACGAUAACAACGGCAAAUCGUAUCGAACCUCAUCAAGUGACAGUGUGUGGCAUGGAGAAAAACAGUUUAUAUCAAGCUAAAAACAAAACAAUGACUUAUACUACUGGUAGGGAUGAACAAAACAAAAAUGCAUUUGAAUGUAUGCCAAUUACUAGUAUCACGACGUCAUCAGCAUCAUCAGCGUCACCAGUAUCGCCCAAAUUUCCGCAACUGAUAACGAAGAACCAUACUGACAAACCUGGUCCAACGACACUAGUUAUUCCACAAGUCUCCAUGCCUCAACCUAUAUCCAAACGACCUCGUAGAAAAAGCUUUUUUGCUGCGCUUCCAUCUAGAAGAUCACCAAUACUUUCAGUCCCUGUGGACACUAAUACAAAAACAAAGCUCCGUAAUAUUGUCGAAAACAAUGCCGCGAGGAAUGUAGCGACUCUCAAAGACAUCGGGCUGAAGCAUUGGUCACCAACCAUUUCGGGGGCAAAUUUAUUCGCUACUAUGUCUUUGUCGCUUCUUCCAUCUAGCGUGUUCAAUGACUCGCCUUUGGGACUUGAUCUUCAUCGGCUGGCAUCUGUGAGGCUUCCUUCUCAUUUGAAACCUCCUGAAAUACCUCCUUUGACAAUACCAUCUCUCGGAUCAGCUUCGCGUAUAGAACAUAUGCGGCCAGAAACGAAGCGAUCGAGAGAAAAGCCAGCAUGCGAUAAUGCUCGUUUUAUCAAUAGCGACAAACUAUUGACAACAAUAUCGUCCCUUCAGUGCUCUUCAAUAUCCGAGAAGAAGAAACCCAAUAUCUCAAAAAAUCUCAUAAAAGCUCUAAAAGAGGGAUCAUCCAAUUUGUCUGAUGAACAAGGUAGCAUUUCAAAACCAGCUGAUUUAAGCAUAUGUUCAAAGAAGGCAAUGACCCAGGGAAAAGUUUGUAAUUUAAAUGAUGAGCUAGGAACAGCCAGGGAGAACGUGAGCCUCUCGGAUAAUAAUGGGUCGUCAGCUAUUAUGUCAAGUGUUGUGCAUCCGUUGGAGCGGAAAAUGUUUCCAACGAAUUGCAGUCUAGCUAACGAUACCCUUGAAGCCAGAAAUAGUCACAGCUGUCAAGAAAAAGACAAGCAAUCAUUUGAAAGCCCGCAACAGCCAAUAGAACAUGCAAAACAGACUAUGCAAUCUCUAGUAAAAAACCCAUCAACGCUGCAACUAGGAGAGCCAAACAAUGUCAUUAAAAGUAUAAUUAAUAAGCAAAACACAACAAAGGUCACUGUAAUCCACGAAAAGAAUGAGGUCAACGAUGAUGCAAGCACACAAAUGUUACCAGAUUCUGUUAAAUCCACCAGCAAUAAUGGUCUUGUUUCACCAAUGCAAAAGGUUACUCGCAAACGUCGGAAGAAUGAGUUGGCAUCAAUACUGUCUGAUCAGCUGCUUGAAAGCUUUAAAGAAGUGGACAAAUCGAAACUUCAUGAUUUGAAACUUCUACACGAUAUAACAUGUCAAACACCUGAUGUUAAAUUCUCCUUGGAACAGAUACCUCAACUUGCUAAGCGUAAAUCCAAUAAGCCGAGACAAGAGGUGUUUGAAUCAUUCGUCCGCGGGACUACAGAAAAUGAAGUCAAGCAAAAUACCCCGUUUAAUGGUCAAAAGAGCUCUCGAAGCAAAACACCUGUCAGAAAGCGUACAUGGACUGAACAACACCAGAUAUUCGGAAAAGGUGAAUCUAUUUCGAACAUUUCAAAUUCGCAAGGAUUCUCAACUGAGCCGAUAAAUAAUUUAAUAAGAGAUUCUUCGCUAAAGCAAGAUGCUCCCAUUGAUGUAGUUGCACCAGUAAUCAAAACUAGUUCGAAACAAAUUACCAAUGAGAGCGUGAUUCCUAUUAUCCGGAAAUCAGAAAAAAAUUCAACUAUUAAACAAUCGGUUAAUGCCCAGGAAAGUAUGCCUGCAACCAUGGCGACAUUGAAGGAUAAAUCUAAAACGAAUAGAACAAUGUUAGAAAGAAAAAUCACAGGAAAGCGUAAUUUAGUGGUCAAUGAAGUCAACGAAAGCACUGGUCCAGCAAAAGGCAAGAAAAUUCGCCAAACAAUGAUUGAAAGUUCGGACAUCAAGGCAAGCAGCUAUGGGAUUGUAACAUGCAAUAAGCGAGCUUCUGAUAAAACGAUCGCAGAAAAUGGAAUGCCGAUUAACAUUGGAACAUCCGUUAGGACUAUAAGGAAAGCCGUUGGGAAAAAAGAAAGUAAAAACGAUAAAGUAACAGAUGAACACUUUGUAAACCGUAGGUCCUUAAAGGAAAGAUUUUUACGGGAAGGUAAUGCCAGAACUAGUAGUGAACUAUCUUCAGCUUCGGUUCAUAUAAUUGAUUCAAACAUACCUGUUCGCGAAACAGUCGGUCGAAUAACGCGGCGGAAGUCCGUGUUUGUCGAUCGAGAUUUGGCACAAUACAUGAGCGAAACUAAAACGCCAGAAGUAAACUGUUUUAAAGAUGAUCUAAUUUUAACGUCACGUAGAGGGACGCGAAGUCAAGGAAACAAAAGUCUGAUUUUGGUCAAUAAUUUUGUUGAAGCAACAAUGAAACCACGUGAUCCCCGACGAAGGCUUGUGCAGAAACGUUUGGAAACGGAACAGUGUAAUGUUAUCCCGCUGGAUGAAGAACAGAAAACUGAUGGUUUCCCGUUAAUAUUAUCAAAACCGACCAGUAAUUGCGAUAAUACGUGCAACGCUACCAAUGACAAAUAUUGUCUCGAUCACCCCACACGUGAAGAUAUUCCGAUGAACACGCGUGCGAGGCAAAAAGAGAAGUUUCCUGUUCGAAGGAUUCUUACUCGUAGGACCUCUGUUUUUGUGCGUAUUCCAACACCAGAUCCACCGGAAAGGUCGUCGAGAGGAGAAACAGCAUUGCCCCCAUCGACGCGAAGCGAUGAGAAUCUUCGAACGAUUAGUAAUGAAACGAAGCGCAUCUAUCGUCGUCGGGCCUCCAUCUAUCUGCCAUCCGAACUGCUAGAGCAGACAGAGAAAAAGACUCCGAAAAAUUUAAUUGAAAAUGUUGCCAUGCACCUUGAAACGAAACAAAAAGAGAGUACAACAAAUAAUCGUAGCAAAAUGACAACCAAAGGAGAAUCGAUACGUGGUAAAUGUGAUCCAUUAAUAGAAUCUCUUUUGCUACAGACCGACGCAAGCAGUCCUAGUGGUGCGAAGAAAAGAACCACCAAAAAUAGCCAGAUCGCCGAAUCGUUUUCAAAACUGUUCAACAUACAGGAGGAGAUAAUGCUAAUAGACAGUACCAAGAGAAAGUUCAAGAAGAACAAUACUAUCAAUAUUGACCCAUCGCCAAAAGAAGCCACAAAUGAUGAACAACAAUGUACGAGUUUGACAACAGUGAAAACGCGAAAUUUCUUCUCCUUCGCAUCGGGCGGUAAUAGUGAGUCGCAAACGACUGUGGACAUCAAAGCUGCCAAUAAAACAAAUUACGAUGGAUCCGACAAAGCGAUGUAUGGCGAUUCUGCCGACGACAAUAAAUCACCUGCCUGUUUUGAGGCAAACCGAAAUUGUGGUCGUGGCGAAUAUUCGACGAACGUUAUUCGACCUGCAAUUUUAAUACAACCAUCUACAACAAAUGGUUUGCCGUAUUCUAACGGACCAUCCGGCCGUGCUAUGUCUAUGAUAGAUGAUGAAAGUACUAUGAAUACAGAUGGGAUGGAUGAUGAUAUGAGCGUGACUACCGAUAUUCCUCUAAAAAAUGCUGUCGGAUCGAGUGGGAGACGAAGAAGGAAAAGGCUUAUGUCGGCCCGAAGAGGAAGCAAACUUCAGCGACGGAAAGCAAAAACUAACGUUGAAAUAGGUAAACCUGUCGUUACAUACAAUUGCGACCUAUGUAAGAAAUUUUUUAAAAAGCAGGACGCUUACAAUAAGCACCGCAUGACUCUUACCCAUAUAGCGAAGCUGUCUGAACAAGAAUUUUUGCUUUUACAGCAGAAGACAGCGGUGUCUAAUGACCACAUACGUCCAACAGUGUAUGAUAGUGCGCCGGGAAAAAUGGCAUUGAUGAAUACAAUUGUUGGAAGGGAAGAAGGGAAAUUAUGCGAAAUCAAUGCUGAAGCAAUAUUGAUCCAUGACAAUAAUUCAGCUACAGAAUUGCUGGAACCGACAACAACAAAUGAUCCAGUGAAAACUUUGAGUCAAGAGGAGAAACUCUUUUACGAAUGUUGCUCAAUGCUUAAAGAAUCCAACGCUGUAGACGUCCCUGAUGGGCCUAAGCUGAAUGUAACGGUAUCUCUGAAAUCAAUCGAAGAAGGAUCUAUUAAUUCAAAUUUGAGCAGCCUUAAUCAUAAUUCUUACCAAGCAUCACUAUCGAGGUCGCUAGGUCCUAAAAUCAAUGGAAAUUCUGCUACAACCAACGAAUCAUGUUAUCAACUAUUUCGUGAUCUUAAACAAACUGCUGACUUAAAAAUGGUAGAUGGACCUAUGAAAUAUCGAAAUGUGAUGACUUCCAAUGAUGAUCCAAAAAACCAGACCAAACCAGCAACUGGCACCUGCUUUUUGUCAGCGUCACAUAUCACUAACAAUAAUAACAAGAUUAAGACGAAGGGAGCUUUGAAGGGCUAUGAUAAUUUUAAAGUUUCCGCACCAAUGACAAAACAAACGAUGGAGGUUUGCGAUGAGACAUCUGCUGUUACUGCUAACGAUAAUUAUGCAGAUGCGAAAGAUUCCCGACUAGAAACGCUGGCCGAUAUUGCACUUUGUAGCAACAUUCCAAAUGAUUUUGGCUCAAUGCGUCAAAGUCACAUUGUUGACGUAAAAGAAGUGCAGAGAGAGAAUCAAAUUGCACCACCAAACGAUUCCAUGCUGGCGACAAAAACGCCAGGUGAAACGCUCGAUCCCCUUUCCACAUUAAUAUCAUCCGAUUGUGCUGCUGCACUAAAGAAAGACAGGACAACGAACAUAAAAUGUAUAAAAAGGGUACAACAAAUAAUUGGAACGAAAUUAUCAAGACAUGUUAACAAGCAAAGCAAGUCUUCAAACAGAACUACACGGAAUAGCGAAAAAAAAACGGAAAAUUGUUCAACGAAAUCCAAAAUUACACCAUUGUCGGUCAAUGCGGAGCGUACUACAUCGGAUGCUGACGUCUACGCAUUCCAGGAUUCACCGUGCGAAGGGAUUGCUCUUCCUUCAUUCACCUCGAAGAAGUAUUCCACUGCGUUACAGUUGCCAGAGCUAUCUGAAAAAGCCGCUAUAGCUAACCACCAGCAACAUCAGAAUGAUCAGUGUAUGGAUCAUGACGAUAACCAGAUGUCUAAUUUGAGUUUCUCUGAUCGGUAUGAUUACGCGUAUGGCUCCAAUACGUUAACCGACGAGGACGAAGCAGAUGAAUCAGAACUGAGAAAUAGGAAAGAUGUAAACAAAAGUAGCAGCAACCGUAGCGCAGUGCGAACGUCCAAGAAUGGUGGUAAGGCGGACGUUAAAAGGAAAUGUCUCAUAAUGGGGCGCAUUUUUAGGAAAGGGGGAAAUAAGGAGAAAAUAAAAGGCAACCAGCGAAUCGAAGAAGAAUCCACUGACAUGAUUAAUCUCGAUGGCUCUGCUGCUUCUGCAUCAGUGAAUGCCGAUAAAAAGGAUUACGAUAAGCUGUUUGACACUCUUAAAAAUGCGGACGACGUGGAUUGUAAAUUGUCAUCCAAGGGACAGGUCAGUAUCCCAAAUGAAGAUGAUUUCAAUCAUGUGCGCCACGGGAAAUUAGUGGAACCAUGGGAUUCCGAAGAGUAUGAGGAUUUUCACACAGAUGAUAUCAUGCAAUUACUGGAGGACGCUGAAAUUGACGAACAGCAACAACCGCUCACAUCCACAUUCGCUGUAAAUCAAGCGCCCCCAAACAGUCAACCUGAGAGACUCGAUGAUAACCUUUGUUCAAGGCAAGAGAUUAUUGAUGGAAGUAGCAAUGAUAUGCUGGACACUUCAUCUACUCUGGGCAUCGAUGCGAGAAUUGAUCAAAACUGCUCAGAACUAGGAGUUGUCACGGAUUACACCAUUAGGAAGGUGAUGGAAAGCGUCAUACUUGAGACGAUGAGUAAAAACAAUCAAAAGACAAUCAACAAAAAGAAGUCAGCGAGUCCGGAAAAUUUUCUUGCAAACAACAUCAAAAGUGCCCUAUGUCGGAGGAUACCUUCUAUCGAUACAUUUAAUAAUCACAAACGAUCAAUCAAAGAACUCGCUGGUGCCGUAGAUCCUAAUGAAAUCCAAUCCAAGUUGCCAACUUCCAUCGAGGAACAUGUAUUAGAGUCAAGUGUCUUAAUUUCUUCGCGAACAAUUACCACAAAGUUCAAACAGAAACUGAACUCCUCAUUGCAACGUUCCACAAUCAGUAAGCAACAUGAUGGACAAUGCAGCAACAUGCCGAAAGAUUUAUUGAAGAAAAAUGAAGAAACGGCAAAAAAAACAUUAGAAACUACCAAAUCUUCAUCAAUAGAUAAACCAGAAUGUCCAUCUACUACUGCAUUUCAGAAAAAUGCUGACGACACCGUUGUAGGCAUACCGAGCCGGGCCGAGCUUUAUCAGUCCAGUUCGCGGGGAUUCAAGCGAAUGAACAAAGGCGUUAGUCAUACUUCGGACACACUUAACAUUGCAGCUAUAAAAGAGAAAAACGCAGCCCUAAAAACCGUGUUCGAAAGAGAGAAUCAUGCGAGUGGGAAUAAAGAUCGUAAGCUAACCGCUAAUAAACAGCGGAAGCCACCUGUGAAGAAGAUGAAAAACGUUGCAUACGAUCCAGAUAGCGACUUCGAGGAUAACAUCAAAUGUAAAAAAGUGAAACGUAAAUUACUGGAAAGUGACAUAGAGGGAAACCUUAAAAUGGAAAAGUUGAAAUCAACACUAAACGAUAAUACAAUAUUAUUGCCGUUACCACGUCGGAAACGCAGUGCUGGAGAUAUGCUCUACUACUGGUCGUCGACCAGCGAUGAGGACUACAAAGACGGUCAGGACAGCGACGUAAAUGUUGAAUUGGAGUCAAAACGAAUGAAAUCUGGUAGCAAAACAGAAUUCAUUGUGAGGGAUGUCGUUCCCAGCGUUCCGAGUUAUAGCGCAAUUUCAUCACGUAGAUUACAAAAGUCAAAUCUAACAGCUAGAGGAAGAAAGAUGUCAAAGAAUCCAAAGUGUGAUUCGAGAACAUUUUCGAAGUCUAAAAAUACCGCUCCAAGUAAAAAGUCACAAAAGAUCAUCAAAACCCAAACAUGCGUUGCCUAUAAUAAAGUAAGGAAAACCAUCGAGAAGGAAAAAAACAAAGAAGAGCGUAGUAGUGGAAUGUAUGGCAGAAAAAAAAAUAAUUGUUUCGAAGGAAUAGUGUCACUCGAUCCAUCCAAGGCGGAUGGUUUUGAUGGAGAAACGAAUAGCAGCAGCGACCAACUUCAGCAGCAUGGCUGGAUAGUCGGUGAUUCACAUAAAAAAUUGGUCACAUUACUGGCCCACGCCAAAGGUAAACAGGACAGUCGUAAAGCGAUAAAUCAGCGCCGAAAAUAGGUUACAGUGUAAGGAUAGCCAAAUUGUAAGUAAUUAUCAUUAAACCCGGCUUAACGGCCCCUUUCAUGCUAUUAUCUUUUUGGUCUAGUCCUUUCUAUGCGAGGGAUUAGGUUGUAUAAUAGAGAUAAUGUGAUAUAAAUGCUGCGAAAGUAAACGGACGCACGAAUGAUAAUAUGAAGAAUAGAAGAAGAGAGGCAAUUUGCAUUCUUGAACAUUUCUAGCUUCAAAAAGGAUUUCCAGUGCCCUGAGUUAACAUUAUAAGAUAAAUUCUAAAUUGUUCUCAUAAUGUGGACGCAGGGUUAGAAUUCUUUUGACAUAAUCAUAUUGUACUACAGUCGUGGGCUAGUGUGUUUGAUUCGGCUGGCAAUUCUUGUUUUAAAAAGUUGAAUAAUUCGCAACAUACGUAAAUUUAACGCCUGAGUAAGCAAUAUAAAGUUUGAGCAACGGAUUGCAAAAGCAUGGUUUAUAAGCGCAUCAAAUGAUCAUAAUCGUAGAGAAAAGAUACAAAACGAAAUUAUAAGUACAUUUGUAAAUUUCUGAUAAAUGCAUUUCACAAGCAUAAAUAAGAUUGUAAAGCAUAUUUUAUCAAAUUUCAACACAAUGAUUUAAUAGAGAAAAAUGAAUACAAAAUUAACACAUCUUGUCAUGUUUGUCAAAGUGUUGAUUUUUGCCUAUUUUAAUAAUAAUGUGAACACGGGGUUAGAAGCAAAAAAAAAGCAGCGCGUUAGGUGCAUCCCCGAGAGUACAAUACAUCCAGGAGCACAAGCGAUCGGUACCAUGGGCAGUUAAUUCCCAUGGGAAACUAAAAAGGAGUAGAUAUGAUAAACACAUUUGUAGAAAGAUGAUGGAUCCGAUACAAACUUUGGGCUUUAUAAGGCAGCAUCCAUACUUGUAAAACUCUUGUGUAUGAAAAAUCUCUGAAAAUUCAUUUACUAGUCAAUUUCUGAGCAACUUUUGGACAUUUGCCUUAUUUUCAGUUAAUCAAAACGUGGAAGUGUCGCUGUCUAAUUAAAGUACAGAAAAAAGAGGAUAAAGAUGCAGGCCACUUCCACCAGAAAAGUGAGAUGGCCACCAAUGAAGAGGAUAGGUAGACAGCAUUUGGCGAUAUUGAUAACGAGCUAACGGCUACAUUUGAAAAGAAACUAACAUUUACGUUUAAAUUUUAUUUCUAUUAGGAAUCAGGUUGUUUUUUUUAUUCUGAAAUGGCAUUGCUCAGGGGUGACAAUAUAUUAGUAAUUUCAUGUUUUUGAGAAACUUUGACAGCUAUAAUUCAAAAUAUAUUUGUGCAAUAUUUGCUGAUGUCAGACAAUGCUGCUAUUCUUAGUAAAAACCCGUUGAUGAUCAAAAGUCACCCGGUACAGUCUUCUUUAGUAGCAAGAAUCUCUUUAUAUUUUUCGCCACAACCAAUGAUAAGAAUUAACCACAGUAAAAUGGACAAGGAAUCGUAAUGAAAUGGUUAUAAAAUAAAUGUAUUCUGUCAAAAAAAUAAAGCAAACGAGAUAUCUCACAA